CCUAUGCGAUGCCAUGAAUACCUGAUCCGCUGCGUGCGCAUGGGAUUACCUGUCGGGGUCCUCGAUGAAAUUUAUAUAGGUGCUCAUUCGCAUCCAGAUUUGCUAGGCAUUCGGACCUCCUGUUUCAACUACAAUUGAUUGUCGUCGAGGCCAACGACCAAGGCCCUACUCGCCAACAUGAGUGACCCGGGGUCGGCGCGUACCGAAGACGCAUCCGCCGCCGGUCUAUAUCUCACCUUAGGCCCCGUAGCACUCACAGCCGCCGCGUACAUAGCCAUUUUCUUGGUUCUGCGCAAGAGCCAAAGACGCUUCUAUGCUCCUAGAACCUACUUGGGAAGUUUGCGAGAGAGUGAGAGAUCACCCUCACUUCCAAAUGGCUUAUUCAAUUGGAUAGCUCCGUUCUGGAAGAUAUCAGAUUACCAUCCUCUCCAACACCAGUCUCUCGAUGCCUACCUAUUUCUCCGCUUCAUGAAGAUCCUCAUCGUCAUUUGCUUUGUAGGAUGUUGCAUCACGUGGCCUGUACUCUUCCCCGUCAAUAUCACCGGCGGAGGAGGCCAGGUCCAGCUUAACCUUCUGUCCUACUCCAACGUCAACAAGGAUACGCAGUACAACCGCUACUAUGCUCACACAUUCAUAGCCUGGAUCUUCUACGGUUUCGUCAUGUACAUGAUUGUGCGCGAGUCCAUCCUCUACGUCAAUCUACGCCAGGCGUUCCUUUUAUCCCCCGUCUACAGCAACCGAAUUUCCUCGCGCACAGUCCUCUUCGUUUCUGUGCCGGAUCCCUAUUUGGACGAGGCUAGACUACGCAAGGUAUUUGGAGAGUCCGUCAAGAAUAUCUGGAUCGCCGGAGACACGAAGGAACUUGAGAAAUUAGUGAAGGAGCGUGACAAGGUUGCUAUGAAACUUGAAAAGGCCGAGGUCAAGCUGCUCAAGUUGGCUAAUAAGGCGCGUAUCACGGCAGUGAAGAAGGGCGCUGUCGACGAGAGAGCCGGUGCACAAGCCGAUGCCGAGUCAGGAAACCUGGCUGCCCGAUGGGUACCCCCUAAGAAACGGCCAUCUCAUCGGCUUGGGUUCCUGGGACUAGUCGGCAAGAAGGUGGACACCAUCACGUGGUGCCGCACUGAACUCGAACGUCUCAUUCCCGACGUAGAGAAACGCCAGCACGAAUAUCGUGAUGGGAAAUACAAGCAAAUCAACAGCGUGUUCGUCGAAUUCACUAACCAAGCUGAUGCGGAAUCGGCGUACCAAGUGUUGGCGCAUCACCAGGCUUUGCAGAUGACCCCCAAGUACAUCGGCAUCACUCCAGGCGAGGUGGUUUGGAGCGCGCUGAGGGUGUCGUGGUGGCAGAGGGUGGUCCGCCGAUUCGCUGUUGUCGGCUUUAUCAGCGCCCUCAUCAUCUUCUGGGCCAUUCCCGUCGCGGUCGUUGGUAUUAUUUCCAACAUUAAGCAUCUGGAGUCGAUUUUCUUCCUCCAAUGGAUCUCAUUGAUUCCUCAGGUGGUCUUGGGUUUUGUGCAGGGUCUUUUGCCCUCCGUCCUUUUGUCGGUCCUCAUGUCCCUUGUCCCUAUCAUCAUGAGAAUCUGCGCGAAACUCUCCGGAGAGCCAAGUCUUUCCCGAGUCGAGCUCUUUACCCAGAACGCCUACUUUGCUUUCCAAGUCAUCCAAGUAUUCUUGAUUUCCACCAUCACUUCUGCUGCGUCAACCGUUGGAUAUCAAAUUUUCCAGGAUCCUGGGAUGGUCACUAGCCUUCUCGCAGAAAACAUCCCCAAAGCCUCCAACUUUUACAUCUCUUACUUCAUCGUCCAGGGUCUGGGCAUUGCCUCCAGUGUGCUCUCACAGGCUGUUGGUUUUGUCAUCUUCACCUUGAUUUACAAGUUCCUGUCUGGGACGCCUCGUGCGCUCUACACCAAAUGGGCGAAUUUGAGCGCUAUUUCUUGGGGUAGCGUCUUACCCGUGUACACCAACAUCGCAGUCAUUAGCAUCACAUAUGCAACCAUCGCGCCAUUGAUGUUGGGGUUCGCUACUAUCGGUAUCUCAAUCUUCUAUUUCGCAUGGCGAUACAACAUUUUCUUUGUCACGGAUACUCAGAUCGACACCCGUGGUCUCAUCUACCCACGGGCUCUGAAACAACUCUUCGUGGGCGUGUAUAUCGCCGAGCUCAGCAUGGUAGGUAUCUUCGGCGCAUCUGCGGCCAUUGGCCCAGCUAUCUUGAUGGUCAUCUUCCUCAUCUUCACCGCGCUGUUGCACAUCACCAUCAACAACGCUAUCGACCCGCUUCUGUACAACCUGCCCCGGACUCUUGCCGAAGAGCAGGCUGCCCGGGAUACGAUGGUCGCUGCUGAGAACGGUGAGAAGGAUGGCUCCUUGGACGGUGUCAAUGGAUCAUCGUCAUCAUCACCCAGCCAGAAGAAACCGAACUUAUUCACGAAGUUUCUGAAACCCUGGCAGUACGCCGACUACGAAGCGAUGCGCAAGCUCGUCCCCACCGGCGAUGUCACUGUCUACAGGGAAUACGCCGACGAAGUCGAGCGCGAUGCGUACUGUCCGCCUGCGGUGACUAGUGGGGCCCCAUUGCUGUGGAUCCCGGAAGAUCCCAUGGGUAUCUCGAAGCAGGAGGUUCGCGACACCGGACGGGUCAUCCCCAUCACUGACGAGGGGUGCACGCUCACGGAUAAGAAUAAGCUCGAGUGGGAUACGGAGACGGUCCGCCCGCCGGUGUGGGAGGAGAAGAUUUAUUACUAAGGAUACCCUGGGCUAAAAUGAAUGCUCACUAACUACAACACGAUCGAUCGUCGAAUGCAGCUGCAAUG